AUCCGAAUCUAGCGCGCCGACACUGAGUGGACGUGCGGUGUGGGGCCACGAGUGAUGAGCGCUGUUCAUGGGCCGUGCGUGAGUGCCGCUGCGAGGCGCCGAGAUGAGUCCGGCAGCCCUCGCCGGCUGCUCAUCACGCACCUUGCCUCCGCUCCUCGUCCAUCGCAGCGACGUAGCAGCUCAUCCCAAGCCACUCCACUAAGCCCAAGGCCAUCACACAUGCCAGCCGUGCGCGUCAAGGACGAAGCAAAGGCGGCAAAGGCGUCGAGCAGCAGCAGCGCCAAGGCCGCCGCGCCCAAGGCCACGCCGUUCACCAAGGAGGAGGACGAGGCGCUGUGGGCGUACGUGCGCAGCAGCAUCACCGUCGUCGACGCCAUGAAGGUCCUGCCGCACCGCGCCAAGACGAGCGUGCGCGCACGCCUCAAGCUGCUGCUCGGCGGCAACGGCGCCGAGGGCGCACCACGGGCGCCGCGCCGCAAGCAGGACACGCCGGCGGGCGGCGCAAAGGAGGAGAAGCAGGAGAUGGAGAUGGAGGAAGAGGAUGUCAAGUAGGGUCGGAUCAAUCGACG